AUAAGGAUGUGAGGAUGUGAGGAUCUCACGUCUUUGUUUAAUUGAUGAAAAAACCCCUGCUUGCUCACAAAUACUUAUUUUUUUAUUUAUAAAAAUGACCUUUCCACUGUAAUGAUGAAAUAAGAUGAUGAUCAUAAUUUUCGCCCACAAAAAAAGCCUUAAGUCAUCAACCACAGUGUAAAGGAAUAUUCCCACUAUAAUUUCAGUAUUUGUGUUUUUAACAGGGUCACCAAAGAUAAAGAUUGUUAUAUAAAAAGUCUCAGUCAACAAAUAUAGACUAUAACAGAAGCGAUGUCCCAUUCAGAACCCUAACUGGGUUUUGAAUGACUAAGCAAACAGCUAAGAAACAUAAAAAAAUAACCACAAUGCUGUCUAUCCUAAUUCAAAGAGUUAAGAGAACCAUUACUGGAAACAUGUUAGCCCUGCACCAACACUUCCAAAGCAGCCACCAGGCCCCCGUUACUUUUAUAGAGCACGCUGUUUUCCCGCAGAUUGUCUUAUCAGCAGUAGGCAUAGCUGCACCCUGAGACAGCUGAUGGGAGGAGUCAUCUCAACUGAACUGAACCUUUUAUGUAGCCCAACAGAACCUGUACAACACCCCAACAGUCAUCUGUUUAGCACAUAUGUGCAUAUUGGGAAUUUGUAUUUGAAGGAGUGGUAUGAAUAAACAGUUCGCCUAUACACAUGAGUCAAAGGAGUAAAUGCGUUGUUGGUGUUUUUUUCCUGAAUUUCCUUCUUUUUCAGUGUAAUAUUUUUUUCAUGGCAUGCUCUUGUCUGUCUCUGCCAGGUUUAAUUUUUGCAACAAAAGCGUCUCCUGAAUGUGUUCCACAGCCAACUAUGUUCUCCCUCUGAGGAGAACCUGUGAGGUAGCAGCUACAUCAGGCAAGUUGUGUGGGGGAGUGCCCAUGCCAGCUAAUUUCCCUGGAGUGAGAUCUCAUGGAGCUCCUCAGGACACAGAGAUGGAUGUGGCUUGGCAGGAGUUGAUGGCCAUCACAGAGCUGCAGGAGUUCGAAGUCCCUCCUGAAAACUCCUAUGAGACAACACAGUACCAAACCAUGGAGCCCAUGGCUUCUGUGGGAGAGUAUGGGAUGGCUCAGCCUCAUUCAGAGCCCCCCGCUGCUUGUGAGCUGAGAACCGCCAACACUUACAAUGGAUUUUAUUCCGAAGAGGUGCCUACCUGUCAUCGUCUAGGCACCUCCACAGAAACAGUGUAUGGAAACUCUGAACCUCAGCUCAAUCAGAGAAUGCUCGCAAUUUCCUCUCACCCACAGCAAUCUUUUGUGCCCCUUAGGGAGCAAACAAAUAUGUCAGGUGUCAAUCAAGGGCACAGGAGAACCAAUGCGUGUCUCACUCAGGGACUACGUGGGCACAUGCAGUGGACUGUACAUGGACAAAAUGCACACACUCGCUCCGGUGAUGAUCUGGAGUCUGACUCUGGUCUGUCACUGGGUUCCAGUCCACCUUUGGCCUCUCCAGAUAAUCCUGUUGGCGGUGCACCAGGUUACCAAAGCAUAGACAUAGGAAUGGCAUAUAGUGAUGGCGAACCAGACGGCAUGACUGAGCACACAAGAAGAUCUCACCUCCAUUACUCAGCGGAUUAUCAGAGUCAUACUCACUCAUAUUUACACUCAGGUGCACAUCCAUCUUAUUUUUCAGCCCAACCCAUUUUAUCUCAGCCACCGCCGAGUACUCCAACUCCUCGAUCAAUGAAACACCAGGGUUCGGCUGCAGCCUUGAGUGACCUAUACAAUGAUUCUGCAAUGUCCAGCAGAGGGAGCUCACACCUUAACAUGUACACAAAACCCCAAGGAAGCAUCUCGACCCCUCCCCUGAGUAGAGAUGAGCGGCGGGCCAUAGCUUUGAAGAUCCCCUUCCCCAUGGAUAAGAUUAUCAAUCUACCUGUCGAUGACUUCAAUGAGCUCCUGACACAGUAUACUCUGACAGAUGCUCAACUAGCACUGGUCAGAGACAUUAGACGAAGGGGGAAGAACAAGGUCGCAGCUCAAAACUGCAGGAAGAGGAAGCUCGAGAGCAUAAUUCACCUUGAAAGGGAACUGAAUCAGCUGCAGGCCCAAAGGGAACACCUGGCACAAGAAAGGCUAGAGUUCCAGCGCAGCUUGGCAUUCAUUAAAUGUCGUCUUACAGAUCUUUACACGCAAGUAUUUUCUCAUUUACGAGAUGAAGAUGGACAACCAUACUCGAUAGAUGAAUAUUCUCUACAGCAGACACCCGAUGGUAAAAUUUAUCUGGUACCUCACACAAUGCAGAAGAGAGAGCAAUGCUGAAGAACUGGGUAUAAUUUCUUUACUCUGGAGAACAUUCUACCCGAUUGUGCCACUUUGACUGAUUCAUGCAGGAAGUUGUCAAAAGAAUCAUGUUAAGCUUCAUAAAUGUAUAAAUGGACACUUUUCAUGUUCAGUUAAUGAAUGAAACCAGAGAUUUGUUUUUAUACAAACACUUUAUUAAAAAAAGUUUAUAAAAAAUUAAAACUGCACAGCAGUCUUCUUAAAAUAUUUUGAGCACCAGCAUGAAUUUUCAGCCAACCUGUGGGGAGAAGGGAAAACCAUAUUAAUUCAAAUUUAAAAAAACUAAAAAUACAAACAAGUAAUGAUUUUUACCUGUCAAAAACCAUUGUCACAGAAAUGAAGCCAGGUUUUGGGGUCCAUGUAGUUACCUACAAAGGAGAAAUACUAUAAAUAAAACAAUAACCCAAAAAUAUAAAAUAUUUGCUCAUUUCAUAGCAUGCAGUAUGUUGGGCCUCAAUGCACAAUUGGAGGCCAAAUUAAGUCAAAAAGUAGAAUGGUCAUAAAACUUAAUUAUUACUGGGCUACAUAUCUCACUACCAGCUACAUGACAAAAUGCAAGAUAUACCAUCAGUAGUUGAGAAGUCUGGUCUUACCUACAAACAGCACUUAAGCCUUUUGGUAGCUGCUGCCUGCUAGACUCAGGCCUCUGUUCUCACUCUCCCCUGCUUCAAUGAUCCUGGCGAUGGUUUUGCUACUUCUCUCCCUCAGCUUGCUUCCAUGGCUAGCCUCAUAGACUUUGCAUGUAAGCUAGCAUUCUCCAGGUGAUCUUUGCAGAAAUCAGGGCAGAGCUUGUACCAAAGUGAUGGGCUUUCUGAUGAUGGCAUUUGCGCACCAUUUCUUUGCCCGCCCCUUAACCAGUAUUGCAUAUGCGCUGACCUGAGGCAGCAUGUAGGAGACACGGAUAUUGACUUUCCCCGGCCACCUUGUGAUGUAUAUGGCUCGACCCAUUUUCACCUAAUAGUAAACCCUCCCUUUCCCAAAACCACUGAAAAGGCUAACGAGACUGUUAAAAAAACUGAAAGGUGUUUAUUUCAGCUUGAUUUGAUGCAGUUACAAAUAAAAACCAGACUUAAAGAUCUACACAAAACCUCAUUGGAAUGCUUGCUUUCCAUUAACACAAUUGACGAAAAAAAAGAGAAAAACAUAACACAAAAUGUUUAAAUGAA